AUGGAUUAUAAAGUCGGAGGAUUUCAUCUUCGAGCCAGAUAUCACUUUACGCUGUUCCAUCCCAUCCGGUACAAAACAUCCAACUGCCUUCCGUUCAUCAUGAGCCAAGUUCUUUUCAAGGGUGCAGCACGUCUGAGCUGCCAUUAUCAAAGGCGUUUCCUAUCAACCCAGCUAGGCCAGCUCAGAAGCCAUCCAACCUCCAUCCGUCCAACCACCACCGAGAUCCAACACGCGUGUCUUUCCCCCCAGCAUCUCGAGGUUGCUAUGCGCAGCCUUCAUGAGGACGGCCUCGUUGUGGUUGAGAAUGUUGUCCCUCACGGCAGCCUGGAUCGACUCAACAAGAAGAUGGUCGAGGACGCAUACAUUCUCCGGUCGAAAAAGGGUGAUAGUCCGUUUAACUACAACCUUGGAAAUCUCCAGCAGGAUGCGCCCCCAGUGAGAGAACACUUCGAUCUCAGCAUUUUUCUGAACCCAAUUGCAACGCAAAUUACUUCAUCGGCGUUGGGACCCCGCCCAAAAUGGACGUUCUGUUCUGGUAACACCGCGAUGCCGCCCACCACCGAGCACCCUCCUAUGUCGCAACCGGUGCAUUCAGAUGCAGACUUUGCACACCCGUGCCACCCGUUUGCGUAUGUUAUCAAUGUGCCUCUGAUUACAAUGACACCGGAGAACGGCUCCACGGAAGUGUGGCUGGGCACGCACACCGACACCGGACUGCAUGUUCAAGAAGGGCUACAUGGUGAGCGCGCAAGCGGUCGGAUUAAGCUCGAGGAGCUGGAAAAGCGCCGUGCUGUCCGCGCCCCUUGCCAGCCUACUGUGCCAAAAGGCUCGAUUGUCAUCAGAGAUCUGAGGCUGUGGCAUGCAGGAAUUGGGAAUCAAACGGAAAUCCCCCGCGUCAUGUUAGCAAUGAUUCAUUUCGCAUCGUGGUACCGAAACCCCAUGAAACUCGAGUUGGCGGAUGAUUUACGGCCUGUCAUUGAGGGUCUGACCGACGUAGAAGUCCCUGUGGACUGGGUGACCAAGUCGGAGGCUCUUUCACGAUACUUGAACCGUGGAUUUGGUAAUGCGUACGAUUUCAACCAGCAGGCGUAG